AUGUAUUUUGAUGCUUUCCUUCCUCCUUCCCCCGUUCUUCUCCCCGUCGAGUGCCAGACGAGCUAUCCCACCCACACCUCCAUGUCAAGACCGAAUUCGCACGGGAUAUAUUUUUCAGAGCAAGGGAAUUAUCUAAUUUCCUGGACAUUCCUCAUCUAUUCACACGCAGGAGGUUUAGACAUGCUGCUAUGGGAUUGUGGCUUCGUUGGGUGUGUGCGCACGGGUGAGCGUCUAUGUGUGUACAGUAAAGAGUCCAACGAACUUCUUCUAAUUUCUGCCGUCGGUGGGGCUGAACUCUUCUUCAUCUCUACCGCCAGGGCCGAACGAACUUAUUCUCGCCAGCUUGUCGAACGAACUUUUCUCUCCAGAACACUUCAUUAUCUAUCUAUCUAUCUAUCUAUCUAUCUAUCUAAUUCUUAUUCAUUAUCUAUCAAUCGAUCUCAGUCACUCCAUUAUCUAUCUAUCUCGGACUUCUUUAUAUAUCUAUCUAUCGAUCUAUCUCUGUGUGUCCAUAUCUAUAUAUCUAUCGACCUCAGUCUGUUCCUCAUCUAUCUAUCUAUAUAUCUGUCUAUCAAUCUCAGCCUGUUCAUAUCUAUCUAUCUAUCUAUCUAUCUAUCUAUCUAUCUCUUCAUUAUCUACCUAUCUAUCGACCUCAAUUUCGCCAUUAUCUAUCUAUCUAUCUAUCUAUCUAUCUAUCUAUCUAUCUCUUCAUUAUCUAUCUAUCUAUCUAUCUAUCUCAGUUUCGCCAUUAUCUAUCUAUCUCAAUAUUUUUUUCUAAUUCGUCUAGGGCCCCAUCUAGAGUUGAAUACCCUUCACAUUGGUGAUGCCCUGAUGACCGGCCUGUAUCUAAACGGAUGCACCCUACACUCAGCAUGUGGUGGACCCUCUUUUCUUCCUUGA